CCUUCUGUUUUGGCCUUUAAAGUCUAAAUCAUUCACCUACCAAAAUCAUCGUGCUUAUACUAGCUUUCCUAUCCCUAUCCUUAUUUGUUCUAUAUUCUCAAAAUUUCCUAUCUUAGCCAACUAAGUCGUCCCUCCUCGUCCCCUCCAGCGUUCCUUAGCCAAAGACUUCGAACUCUUUUCUAUACGUUUAUCUUCUCACUUUUCUAUUUUAUCUUACACCAUCCUUUACAUUUUAAAUACUUUUCUGUACCUACUCUGUUACAUCUCACAUUUACAUAUUUCAAUUUUUCAUUCCUAUAUAUUUUGCGUUAUACGUAUCAAACUUCUAAUUCUUCAUUCUACUACAAAAUUUUUGCUUUUAAAUAUUUUUUCUAUACCUACUCUUAUAUUUAACAUUUACAUUUCUCAAUUUCGUUAUAAUUCCUAUAUUUUACAUUACAGCAUAUCCACUUCUAAUCAUCAUUCUAUUACAAAUUAGAAAAAUGAUAUAUACAUAUAUACAAUCGAAUAUUCUAAUGUAAGACAAAUUAUUAUUUAUCAAUAUUUCAAGCAACUUGUUAUUUUAACCGUUUACAUUUUAGUACAUCAAAAUAUUUUCUCUCAAUGUCAGCGAUAGCAGUGCCAUUUUGAUCAUAUUGUGACGACGUAAAGAGUGAGAUUUUUCGCAUUAAUAUGCACUGCGUGUUCAAUAAUAAAUUUUAUUGUUCAAUAAAUUAAAGUAGAAAUGAAAUCAGAAAUGGAACAGUACAAAAUGGACAAUUUGGACUCUAACAUGGGAUCAGAAAUAGAAGAAUACGAAAGAGACAAUUUGGAUUGUAACAUAGAAUUGACGAUCUCUCAUUCGACAGAAACAGAAAUUGCCUUUAAGCCUACAUGCCGACGUUGCAACGAAGAUGCGAGUAAGGAAAAACUCAUACGUCCAUGUCAAUGCACCGGUGACUGGGAAUUUAUGCAUAUUCGUUGUUUAGAGAUUGCAGCAAACGUCCGAAAACGAUAUUCUUGCAUGCAUUGUGAGGUUUCCUUUCCAUUAGAAUUAAAGUACAAAUCAUUAGCACAGAUAUACAGAAAUAGCGAAGAAUUGUGUGCUAUAUCUCAAAGAGUCUGCUGUGCUUUUCUCGUAGUACUCUGUAUUGUAGUAUACAACUUGUUUAUGCUCUUUCUAUUCUAUACUUUAAUAAAAUUAGUAAUAUUCGGACGCACAUUUAUCGAAUCUCUCGCUAACUUGGCUGUCUUCAUCAUCAUAUUUGCUCUUUAUGUUCGUUUUGUGAUGUAUCUGGGAGAGAUAUUGCAGAACGAGUUUGAAGCUUUACGUCGUGUUCGUUGCCGGUGGCUCGCAGCCACUAAAGAAAGAAAAGUGACAAAAUGCAAAUUACGUCCUAUUCAUGAAGUCUGA